CCAGACUCAGCACUGACCCAGACUCGGUGCGCUUCAUCAUCCGCCAUCAUCAUCAUCGUCACCGUGAACAAUAGAGCUCCGCUGCGGCCCGCGCUGCUCUCGGGAUUAUCGGCGGAAAAUAACGAUGAUCCACGGCGUCGAGCGGGCGCAGCACGACUGAAGCGGACGGAGGAAUCACGGCAUCGCGUUUUAUUCGACGGACGGCGUGAAAGAUGGCGAACGACUCUCCCGCGAAGAGCCUGGUGGAGAUCGACCUGGCGGCGCUGCGCGACCCGGCUGGCAUUUUCGAGCUGGUGGAAGUGGUCGGCAAUGGCACCUACGGACAAGUGUACAAGGGUCGACAUGUGAAGACGGGUCAGCUGGCUGCUAUUAAAGUGAUGGACGUGACGGAGGAUGAAGAAGAGGAGAUUAAGCUGGAGAUUAACAUGCUGAAGAAGUACUCGCAUCACAGGAACAUCGCCACUUACUAUGGAGCGUUCAUUAAGAAGAGCCCACCGGGACACGACGACCAGCUCUGGCUGGUGAUGGAGUUCUGCGGCGCCGGCUCGAUCACUGACCUGGUGAAGAACACUAAAGGGAACACACUGAAGGAGGACUGGAUCGCCUACAUCUCCAGAGAGAUCCUCAGGGGUUUGGCCCACCUACACGCUCAUCACGUCAUCCACCGAGACAUCAAGGGCCAAAACGUGCUUCUGACUGAGAACGCAGAGGUCAAGCUGGUGGACUUUGGCGUCAGUGCUCAGCUGGAUCGCACCGUGGGCCGCAGGAACACCUUCAUCGGGACGCCGUACUGGAUGGCUCCUGAGGUCAUCGCCUGCGACGAGAACCCUGACGCCACCUACGACUACAGGAGCGAUCUGUGGUCGUGCGGCAUCACUGCCAUAGAGAUGGCGGAGGGCGCGCCUCCACUGUGUGAUAUGCAUCCCAUGCGAGCGCUCUUCCUCAUACCCAGAAAUCCUCCACCCAGACUGAAGUCCAAGAAGUGGUCCAAGAAGUUCUUCAGCUUCAUCGAGGGCUGUCUGGUGAAGAACUACACGCAGCGGCCGCCCACCGACCAGCUCCUCAAGCACCCCUUCAUCAGGGACCAGCCCAACGAGAGGCAGGUGCGCAUACAGCUCAAAGACCACCUGGACCGCUGCCGCAAGAAGCGUGGAGAGAAGGAUGAGACGGAGUACGAGUACAGCGGCAGUGAGGAGGAGGAAGAGGAGGCACAGGAGCAGGAGGGAGAGCCCAGCUCCAUUGUGAACGUGCCGGGCGAGUCGACCCUGCGGCGGGAUUUCAUCCGUCUGCAGCAGGAGAACAAGGAGCGGUCGGAGGCUCUGCGGCGCCAGCAGCUCCUGCAGGAACAGCAGCUGCGCGAGCAGGAGGAGUACAAGCGCCAGCUACUGGCCGAACGGCAGAAGCGCAUUGAGCAGCAGAAGGAGCAGAGGCGGCGUCUGGAGGAGCAACAGAGACGCGAGCGGGAGAUGCGGAGGCAGCAGGAGCGAGAGCAGCGGCGCAGGGAACAGGAGGAGAAGCGGCGAGUGGAGGAGCUGGAGCGGAGGCGCAAGGAGGAAGAGGAUCGGCGGAGGGCGGAGGAGGAGAAGCGCAGAGCGGACCGAGAACAGGAGUACAUCCGCCGGCAGCUGGAGGAGGAGCAGCGGCACCUGGAGAUCCUGCAGCAGCAGCUCCUGCAUGAACAGGCGAUUCUCCUGGCUGACGAGCGGCACCGCAGGAACGUUCAGGGCUCUCCUCAGGCCGCGGUGCUGCAGAAACAACCGCCCGCUGUCCCGCCGCGAGCCUCUGAGCCCUUCUCCAAUGGCAGCGCCCCCGAGCAGAGCCACCGGGCCCCGGAGCCGCAGGACCUGACGGCACUGGCCAAGGAGCUGCGCGCGGUGGAGGACGUGCGGCCGCAGCACAAGGCCACAGAAUAUUCUUCCUCCAGCGAUGACUCCGGAACCACUGACGAUGAGGAGGAUGAAGAGGUGGAGCAGGACAUCGGAGACGAGUCCACAUCCGGCCCAGAGGACUCCAGAGGAGGCUCCUCCAGACUCAGUAAUGGAGAGACGGAGGCAGCAAAGACUAUGGUGGUGCAAGACGACGACAGCUCCUCUACACCCUGCAAAGACAGCACGCUGGUCAUGAGACAGUUCCAGAGGUCAGGGCCCGUCACGCUGCUGGGCUCCGGCUGGACAGACGCUUCUAGCAGAAGUCCUGUAGAGAUUGUCCAGAGGAGCUGCGUCAGAGGCAGAAACCCGCUGCUGCCCGACCUGCUCCAGCAGAGCCCACGUGCCCCCCCGCCCCUGCCCUCCCCCUGCAGCCCCGCUCGAUCCCCCCUCGGCCCCCCAGAGCCUGGCCCGCGCCUGAGCCUGAGCGAGACUCCCACCGUGCCCAAACACAAGUCUUCCUCCUCCUUCACUCCCUUCAUUGACCCACGGCUGCUGCAGAUCUCUCCAUCCACUGGCAGCGCACUCAAUAACGCAGGUUACAGUAAUGAUGCUCGGCUGCAGGAGGCGCUGCGGCAGGACGCGUCCCGCAAGGGUUCGGUUGUGAAUGUUAAUCCUGUGAACACGCGACCACAGAACGACACGCCGGAGAUCCGCAAAUACAAGAAGAGGUUUAACUCAGAGAUCCUGUGCGCUGCGCUCUGGGGGGUGAAUCUGCUAGUGGGGACAGAGAGCGGACUCAUGCUGCUGGACCGCAGUGGUCAGGGUAAGGUGUACCCGCUCAUAAACCGCCGGCGCUUCCAGCAGAUGGACGUCCUGGAGGGACUCAAUGUGCUCGUCACUAUUUCAGGAAAGAAGAAUAAGCUGCGUGUCUACUAUCUGUCCUGGCUGAGGAACAAGAUUCUCCACAAUGACCCCGAGGUGGAGAAGAAGCAGGGCUGGACCACCGUGGAUCUGGAGGGAUGUGUGCACUAUAAAGUGGUGAAGUAUGAGAGGAUCAAGUUCUUGGUUCUGGCUCUCAAAAACUCAGUGGAGGUUUACGCCUGGGCUCCCAAACCGUACCAUAAAUUCAUGGCUUUCAAGUCGUUUGGGGAUCUGGUGCACAAGCCGCUGCUGGUUGACCUGACGGUUGAAGAGGGUCAGAGGUUAAAGGUCAUUUACGGGUCGUGCUCGGGCUUCCAUGCAGUGGAUGUGGACUCUGGAGCGGUCUAUGACAUCUAUCUGCCCACUCAUAUUCAGACCAAUAUUCAGUCUCACGCCAUCAUCAUUCUUGCCAACACUGACGGCAUCGAGCUGCUGGUGGUUAGUGAGGACGAGGGUGUGUACGUCAACACAUACGGCCGCAUCACCAAAGACGUGGUGCUGCAGUGGGGCGAGAUGCCCACAUCUGUCGCUUAUAUUCGCUCUAACCAGAUCAUGGGCUGGGGAGAGAAGGCCAUCGAGAUCCGCUCUGUGGAAACGGGACACCUGGACGGAGUCUUCAUGCACAAAAGAGCACAAAGACUUAAGUUCUUGUGUGAGAGAACGACAAGGUGAGACUCUAGACCUGUUCAAUCAGCCCGUUCUGGAGGAGCAGGUAAAACAGCUUCUGAAAGAGGUCUAUCCACUGCUUUACCUUCAGCUGUUCAUAAAACUGAUGGUGGAUUUUAUUGUCUGUUUAAAAGAGAAGCACUGAAGAUGGCACACCAAUGCUCAGAAGUGUGUCUCUGAAUCUGGAGAAGGCUGAGCUCUUCUCAUCUGUCCGUAUCUCAGGCCUGAUCUAGAAGGUUCUACUGAUCUAGAAAGUUCUGCUGAUUUAGAAGGUUCUGAUGAUC